AUGACCAGCAACACCACUCCUCGCAAGCGACGCCGCUCUGACGAUUACACUCCAACAGCAUAUACUGCAGCGAGAUCGAUUUUCAACAGCGGCUCGGCAUAUCCGAUCGUGAAAGAUGAACACAAUGAACCAGAACGAGCCGCGACAAAGGCAAAGCUGGCUGACGGCAAUGUUGCUCCCUUCCUGGCUAGGCAUAUUCCCACGCAGUAUGCUCCUCUGGGAAAAGAAGCAGGAACUUCAAAAGGUCCGCCGCCGCUCAAUGUGAACUCGCGAUAUUGUUAUCGUCACCGGCCAGAUCUCAAAUGUCGCCGGCAAGCCGAUGAGCCGUCGAUGGACCAGAUGCAACGUGAACUCCAAAUUCUUCCCCAAAGUGAUCAACAGGGUAUCGCCCAUGUGUGGUCCUUGUUUUCUGCCGCCCCCGCCAAACAACGAAACCUAAUGUUACAGGGCAUUCUUGCCCAAUGUUGCUUUCCCCAAUUAUCCUUCAUCUCCGCCAGCGUAAGAGAGCUUAUUCGCAUCGAUUUCAUUACAGCGUUGCCUCCAGAAAUCUCCUUCCAAAUCUUAUCCCGUCUUGAUACCGCCUCCCUCUGCCGAGCCGCUCAGGUGUCUCGAGCCUGGCGGUCCCUCGCUGAUGACGAUGUCGUAUGGCACCGUAUGUGUGAACAACAUAUUCACCGUAAAUGUAAAAAGUGCGGCUGGGGACUACCACUUCUCGAACGCAAGCGACUUCGUGCCUCGAAGGAACAUAUCGAACAUCGUGCUCUGAAUUGGGAUGGGUCUGCACCCUCCACGCCGGAUGCCACACCGCAGAAUGCCACACCGUCAGAUAAUCUAAUUUCUGAGUCAAAACCCGAACCUGAGGAAUCAGAGCCCACCACUACCCAAGUCGUCAAACGUCAAGAGACGAAAGUGUCGUCUUGCCGGGAAGAUGAUAGCGAGUACUAUAAGACCAAGUUCCGUCCGUGGAAGGACGUCUAUAAGGAUCGUUUCAAAGUUGGUACAAACUGGAAAUACGGCCGCUGCUCAGUAAAGCUAUUCAAAGGACACGCCAACGGAGUGAUGUGUCUCCAAUUUGAAGAUAACAUUCUUGCUACUGGAUCAUAUGAUACGACCAUCAAAAUCUGGGAUAUCGAGACCGGCGAGGAGCUGCGUACCUUGACCGGGCAUACUUCCGGCAUCCGUUGUUUACAGUUUGAUGACACAAAACUCAUCAGUGGUAGCAUGGAUCGCAGUUUGAAAGUAUGGAACUGGCGCACCGGGGAAUGCAUCUCCACAUAUUCUGGACACCUAGGAGGCAUCAUCGGAUUGCAUUUCGAUGGCAGCAUUCUUGCGUCUGGAUCAGUCGAUACAACCGUCAAAAUAUGGAAUUUCGAAGAUAAAUCGACGUUCCUCUUGCGUGGGCAUGCUGACUGGGUCAACGCGGUUCGUGUCGAUACGUUAUCUCGGACCGUCUUCUCUGCCUCCGAUGACUGUACUGUCAAGCUUUGGGACUUGGACUCGAAGAAUUGUAUCCGCACUUUCGAAGGCCAUGUUGGCCAGGUUCAACAAGUAAUCCCACUUCCGCGGGAAUUCGAAUUGGAAGAAGAACACGACGGAGACAGCGAAGAUGACAGUGCCACUUCGGAUACUGGGGACGAAUUCCCCGAAAGACACGGGUCAUUCGGUUCGACUACUUCUUUCUUUGAAGGCGACCGCCCUUCCCCUCCAAAGUACAUAGUCACAAGCGCCUUAGACUCUACUAUUCGUCUAUGGGAGACCACCACUGGCCGAUGCUUGCGAACAUAUUUCGGCCACCUCGAAGGUGUCUGGGCGUUAUCCGCCGACACACUACGCAUCGUGUCUGGCGCUGAGGAUCGAAUGGUGAAAAUCUGGGAUCCGCGUACUGGCCAAUGCGAACGUACAUUUACAGGGCAUUCCGGCCCUGUUACCUGUAUCGGGCUCGGCGACAGUUGUUUCGUAACCGGAAGCGAAGAUUGCGACGUGCGCAUGUACAGCUUCAAAAGCUGA